UGAACGGGCGCGCGGCGCGGCCUGCGCACGGCGGCGGAGCGGCCUCGCCCCUGCCUGAGUCACCAGCAUGGUGUCGCACAUGAAGCACCCCGAAGGCGCCGGUUUCGCCACCCCAACAGACAGCUGGAUGGGCAUACGCGAGCUGCUCGCUGAGCUGUGGGAAUGCCUCUUAUCCUCCCCGCGAGAUGUCUCCAACGCCAGCCAGGCCACCAGGCUGCGGAAAAGCCAGGUCUGCGACAGAGUGCUGCGGGUUUGCGUUAAACAAAUGGCUGAGCCUGGGGGCUGCCCUGAACACGCCGCAAGCCUGGUAGCUGUAGCCGAGGCGGCAUGCCAGGGCUACCUGACUGCCAUGCCACAGCCAACUCCCCUCUACCUGGAGAAGAUCCUUUACCACCUGCUCAGGAACACCGCCAGCCAGGGCAGCGGCGGUGCCUGCCGGAGGGUGGCCGACCUCCUCCGCACGCGGCUGCUGACCUAUCGCCCUGGCCAGGUGCCUGCCACAGACUUCAGUGCCAUCGCCUACAGCAGUUUCAGUGUGCUGUGGAGAGGGGCAGACGCCCUGGCCGAGCCUGACCAGCCACAGGAGGAGGGUAGAGCUGUCCUGUCAGCCCGUCUGCAAGCUGUGCGCUUCCUCCUGCUGCUGGAGCAGGAUGGGGCAGCCUUGCCACCGCUGCAGCCCCCCUUCUUCGCCUCCCAGACGGCACAGCAGGCGGCUGCUGCUGCCGCCUUGUACAAAGCCCAGCAGGCACCAUCCUCAGCUUUCCUCGGCCGACAGCUUGGGGACUGCCUGCUCACAGCUCUGCGAAGGGAGGCAACAGAGCCGCCCACCUUUCAGCAAUCCCUCUGCUGCUUUGAACUCAUCCUGGAGCAGUGCCGGCAUCUCUGCAUGGGCGGCCAGUACAGGGAGGCUGAGGAGGCAGUAAAGGACGUGAGGGGCUUUUUGGGGGCCACCAGCACUUCUGCAAAAUCUUUCAGUGACCCCCUGUCCCUCCUGGAGGCUGGGGUUCAGCUGAGCCGGGCGCUGGCCAAGAACACCUGCGCUGUGGGGCCGCCCUUGGCCAAGGCCGUGGUGGCUCUCGGCGCGGCAGCAGCAGCCCCGGAGCCAUUACUCAGAGUGCUGGCUGAGAGCUGCCAGUUCGUUGUCUUCUCCUUCAGCGAGUACGCAAAGAGAAGCAAGCAGCAGCCCUUCAGCCGGGAGGAUGUGCUUGGCUUUUGGGCCUUCGUAGAGGGGCACUGCUGUGUCCUGCAACAGCUGCUGGAGAGGAUUCCUCCCAAUGGCGUCAGGCAGAGGCUGAUGGUGAAGCAGCUGCUCUACCGCAGCCUCCAGCUCUUUGCCACUAUAGCCUAUGAUGCCUUCCAGUGCUCCCAGGCGGCAGGCUGGCCGGGUCUGGAGCAGCUGACAGAGGGCUGCAGCAGGAGCGUGGAGUGGAUGCUGGAGGCACUGGAGGAGGUCCCUGAGAGCGAGCGAGCCAAGUACCUUGACAUCACCGCGUCAUGCACAUUCAAGCUGGCCUACAUCUUCUACAACCAGAACCUCCACAAGGAGGCCAGCUCCAUCUGCGACAUCUUCUGCACGAGCCUGCACAUGUCAGAUGCCUACGCGUGUCCAGAGAUCCCUGUGGAGAAGCUGCACAAAUGCUUCAGGCUGCAGGUGGAAAGCUACCGGCAGCUGGGGCGGCUGGAGGCAGCCCUGGCGUGCAUGGUGCAGUGGCUGGCCGUGCUGCGGGACCGCAUCGAGGAGCUGCUGGCAGAACCUGUCUCCCUCUGGGUCAGAGUCAAAACGGACGCUGUGAAGCAGGGGGCUGAGGAGUUACGGUUGCGGACCCUGAAGGAAGGCUUGGAGGGGCACAGCCUGGGCACAGAGACCUUGGUGACGGUCCUCUUUGCGGAGCUGAAGGCCUACAAGGCUGUCCGAGCUGACACGGGGCAGGAACGCUACAACAUCCUCUGCGACCUGCUAGAGGUCUGCUCGGAGCAGAGCGGCCGCCUGCAUGAGCGAGCCGUCGCCUUGACGGAGCUGGCCCAGGUCCUGUGCUACCACAGCUACGCCCAGCAGACUAACUGCUCCUCCCUGGAUGCGGUCCACGAAGCCUUGCGGCUGCUGGAGUUGGUACCCAGGACCGCCCAGAACCGGGACCGGCUCCUUGAUGACCAGGCGCAGGCUCUUCUCUGGCUCUACAUCUGCACCCUGGAGUCCCAGCUGGAGAAGAACAUAGAAAGGGACCAGAGAGGUAAAGCUCAGGCACUGAAGAACCUGGAUGACUUUGAGCCCAAUGACCUCAACUACGAAGGCAGGCUGCUGGAGGACAGGUUCCUGUAUGACGGCAUCUCCUUCACCCUGGCGACAGAGACCGCCCUGUCCAAAAGUCUGGACGAUGCCUUCUCGUUGUGGAAGCAGCUGCUGAUGACACCGGGUGUGCCAGCCGUGCGCAGCCCUGAGCAGACUGUGGCUUCCCUGCGCCUCCUGGCAGUUCUCUACAAACUGAUGGCCAAGCCCCUGCAAGCCAUGGAGAGCUACCUCCUGGUCAGAGCCCUGUGCAGCGCGCUCGGGGACAGCUUGGGCGUGGCCAGUGCCCUGUGCCAGGUCACCAAGCUGCUCUUCCAGCUGGAGUGCCCCAGCUAUGCCCAGCUUUUCCUGGAGGAGAUGGAAUCCUGCCUGCAGAAGGCCAACAGCAGUGACGAUUCCUACCUGCUGCUGCAGCAAUCCUGCCUCUUGCUGCGCAGCCAGCUGUGCUGCGUCAGCCACCGGAUUGAGGAGGGUCUCAGCCUGUUGCUGGAGGUGCUCCAGAACCUGGUUCUGAAAAAAAUCACGAAGGUCUGGUACCUGCUGCGAGCCCAGGUCCUUCAGCUGGUGGCCGUCUACCUGAGCCUCCCUGCUGCCCGCCUCUCACUGGAGCUCCGGCAGCGGAUCUUUGUGCAAGGCUGGAAGACUCCCGAGACGGCUCUUGCCGAAGCCCAGAAGCUUUUCCGCAGCAUCAUCCUCCUGCUGCUGGGCAGCGACAUGCUGGGCUGUCAGACGUCGGCGUCCAGUGUCCGGUUUGUAGAUUACGGGGACAACCUGUUGCUGAAGUGGCAGGUGCUGGCUGACAUGCUGAUCUGCUCCGAGCGCCUAGUGGCUCUCCUCGGCGGGCUGGAGGUGGUGUGCAGAGCCAAAGCCUUCUGCCUGGAUGCCGUCAGGCUGGCCGUGCGGCUGCAGGUCACCCGCUGGUGUACAUCUUUCCUGGUGCUGAAGGCCCAGCUGGAGCUGCAGCAGGGUGAGCUGGAGCUGAGCCACUUUGACCUCCAGCAGGCUCUCUUCCUUCUGGAGUCUGACACCGAGUUUAAAGCCAGCGAGACAGAGAAAGGCCAGAUGACGAUCCUGCCCAGGAAGGGCAAACUCGAGGGCAAGAAGCCCCAGGACACUGUCUGUGAGCCCACCGGGGAGGAGGAGGGGUUCCUGGAGGGCCCUGCGCUGGCGUUUGUGGCAACGGUGAGCAGGCCAAAGAAGGUGGACGCUCUCACCGCCUCGCCAGAGCUGAAGCCCGAGAGAAGGAAGAGACUGGCCUUCCUCGCCCACCCGGCAGCCUGCCCCUGCUGCCUCUGCUCCGACCUGCUGCUCUCGGCGCUCUGCCUGCGCUGGCUCCUCGCCUGCGCCCAACGUCAGCUGGCGGCCGGCAGCGUGGCCGAGGGACUGGGUCUGAUCCGUGCCGUGCUGCCGCGCUGCGCUGCCGUGGCCACCCGCUUCGCUGCCCAGCUGCGAGACAAGCUGGGGGGCAGCUCUCUCGGCCAGGACUUGCCUGCGCUGGAGCUGCUGGACAGUCUGGUGGCCACCGGCUAUGCCACCUUGGCCCUUCAGAGCAUGGCCAGCCCUGAGCCGGCGGAGGAGCUGCAGGAGGAGCUGGAGGCAGGGCUGACCUUCUUGGCGUCCUGCAGACCCCACCUGCCCAGCCUGGAGGUCUCCAAGGCCAGCCUGCUGCUCAGCAAAGCCGCGGCCACGGUUUGCCACCUGGCCUCCAAGCAUGGUGGCCCCGGGGAUGGUGUGUCUGCUGGCUCGUCGCUUCCCGUGCCGACCCCGGCGGAGCCCAGCGCGGCGGCCGUGCCCCACGCCCCCAGGAAGGACUCGGCUCAGCCCCGAAGGCGCAAUCCCAAGGUGGCGUCGGACCCCGCCGUGCCCAAGCCCGGAGCGAGGAGCCGGCGCGUGAAGCCCUUGGCUGCGCCCAACAGCAGCGACGUCUUCGCUCUGGGUGACCCUGACAGCGAGGUGCCCCACAUCGUCAUCCGGCCGGCGCUGGUGCCCUGCACCCCACGCCAGAAAGCCCAUCCCCCCGCUAAGGUGCACGCGGCCCCCGGCCCCCAGACUCCCUUCACCAUCUUCAGCGACUCCUCCCCACCCGCCGGCCGGUCCCGGCUCCUGCGGGCACCCAGAGCCGCGGGGAGGGUCAAGUCCCGCCUGAAGGUGGUGUUCAGUGAUGACAGCGACGUGGAGGGUCCCGAAGCGGGGCUGACCCCUGUAGCUGCCCGCAAACCUCGGCCCCCCAGAUCGACGGGGUCCAGCAGCAAGGGCAGCGUGGCGCAGCCCCGGAGAGGGCGGCCACGCACCGGCCGAGCCGGGACGGCGGCAAAGGGGGAGCGGGUGACCCGCAGGGCUCCCAGCAAGACAGCGGAGGAGGAGCGGGACCUUCUGAGGGCCAUCGAGGAGAAGGAGGAGGAAGAGCUUGACAUCAGCUUUGAGGUCUUUCGGGCCUCCAAGGAAGAGGAGGAAGCCCCAGGCAAGAGACAGCUGCCUCCCUGCGUGGAGGGCACGGAGCAUGAGGUCCUGCAGCAGGAGGCCGGCGAGGAUGUCCUGGCGGCACGGUGGCUGGGCAGCGCAGACCCACCGCCCCGGGAGGGGACCCUCUCCUCCACCCCAUCCGUGGCAGGCGAUGCCUCCUCGCUGGACACGGCCCUCCAGCUCCUGAAAGAGGCUUUCGACUGCAUCGGCCACUGCCCCCCCGGGACACUCUACAGCCGGAUCUGCCAGCUCCUGGCUCUGGCCACCGGCAACCGGGACCCCCUCGCCACGGCGUACCUGCUCUCUGAGUCGGUCUCCAUCACCACCCGCCACCAGCUGCUCAGCGUCAUCCACAGGAGGAUGCAGAAGGAGAAGAAAGCAGCGGGGGAUGUGGCUGAGCAGCUCCAUGGGCUCUCCCUGCAGGAGGGGAGCACUGCCCCCCCGAGCCGCUGCCUCGCCGAGCUCGAGCAGCUCUUCAUGUUCAGCCCCUCAGGGCUGGGGUCCGGGGAGCGGGAGAGGUUCGGGGCACAGCUGCAGCAGAUCCCCAGCGGGGUGACGGUGUGCCUGCUGACCCUCGCCAGCGUCCAGCCUGGCUCCGGAGGGGACACGCUGCUGCUGACGCGGCUGGAGAAGGACACGGUGCCCGUGAACAUCCGCAUCCCCACCGCGCUCUCCAAGGCCCCGCUGUGCUCGGUGCUGAGCGACUUCGACACUAUCCAGAGGGAACAGAAGGAAACCAACUGCUGCACGGACAAGCGGGACUGGUGGCUGCGCCGCUCCGAGCUGGACCGCAGGAUGAAGAGCCUCAUCGAGACCCUGGAGACGCAGGUGCUGGGGUGCUGGAGGGGGGCCCUGAUCCCUGCUGGCCCCCAGCCCGCGCUGGCCGAGGAAGCCGCCCGCUUGCACCCCCGGCUGCGCCGCUGCGGCUGGAGGGACCCGGAUCCCACCCUGCUCCAGGUGGUGCUGAACGCCGCUGCCCUCCUUGCCCCCUGCGACCUGCAAGCCCUGGCCUUCGGCCUCUGCCCGGCGCAGCCCCACCAGGCUCAGCUCCUCUUGCAGGAGGCGGUGGAGAAGCGGAGAGCUGGUGCCAGGCAGUCCGGCGGCUCCCUCGUCCUGGUUCUGGAUAAGCACCUGCAGAAGCUGCCCUGGGAGAGCAUGGCGUGCCUGCAGGCCCUGCCCGUCACCAGGCUGCCUUCCCUGCGCUUCCUGCUCAGCUACACCCUGGCACGGAAGCCACUGGUCUCUGCCCCCCCCCAGCAGCAGGCAGGAUCCGUGCUGAGCCACGGUGUGAACCCCAGCAGCACCUUCUACGUCCUCAACCCGCACCGCAACCUCCUGGGCACAGAGGAGCGAUUUCGGGGCUGGUUUGAGAGCGAGCCCGGCUGGAAGGGGGUGACGGGAGCCGUCCCGAGCGCGGAGCAGAUGCAGGCAGCCCUGGUGGAGCACGACCUCUACAUCUACGCAGGGCAUGGAGCUGGUGCCCGGUUCCUGGACGGCCAGGCCAUCGCCCGGCUGGAUUGCCGUGCUGUCGCCCUGCUCUUCGGCUGCAGCAGCGCUGCGCUGGUGGUCCGUGGGGACCUGGAGGGCUCCGGCAUCAUCCUCAAGUACAUCAUGGCCGGCUGCCCCCUCGUCCUGGGGAACCUGUGGGAUGUGACAGAUCAGGACAUCGACCGCUACGCGCAGGCGCUGCUGCGGGGCUGGCUGGGGGGGGGCUCGGGCACCCCCCUCCUGCCCUACGCCGCCCAGGCGCGCCAAGCCCCCCGCCUCAAGUACCUGGUGGGGGCGGCCCCCGUUGCCUACGGGCUGCCCGUCUGCCUGCAGUGAGGGGGGGCCCCAUGGGAAUGGGGGCAGUGGUGCGGUGUGUCUGUUUUCAGCUGUUUUUAGGUUAUUUUAACAAAAUUGGGGUUUAUGUGUCUUCUGUGACAAUAAAGUUGCUGCUUCUA